CUGAUCAUAAACAUUUUAUGAUAAAAUUACUAUGUACGUUUUGUAGCCAGCUGAUAAUUUGCUUAAUACUUGAAGACAACCGGUACGUGAUUAUUCUUAUUAGGUGGCAGCUCCAAUGUCUUGUGCUUUAGCAUCAUAGUGAAUAUAACCCACUGGUUUCUCAAUGAGGUACAGAGGUAGACAGCUCAUACCAUGGUGCCAUGGAACAUCAUGUCUCUACCGUUUCCACAUCACUGGCACGGUUAGAGGGACAGUGUCUUUCAGCAGGGCCUACAGCACACAACAACCGCCACCAUCUCCAAAAGAUGACGGAGCAGACAAACCUGUUGUUCCUAUUCAAGAGCGUGCCGUGGCUACAAUACAGAAUUUGACUGACUUGGGGAAGCAGUGGGGACAGAAGUCUGUGAGCACUGCCUCAAACACAGUUAACUACUGGUGGGAGAGGUACGAGGAGUUUGUCGGCCUGAAUGAAGUCAGAAAUGCUCAGUCUCAAGUCACAGAGGCAGAGAGGGCCUUCAUGGUGGCCAGAGGCAUGGUGCGUGAGGCCCAUGGCAGCCUGGAGGCCCUACAGGUCAGGCUGAAGGAGGUGAGAGAUCGACUGGAUCGGGUCUCACGAGAGGAGGCCCACUACCUGGAGCUGGCCACACUGGAGCACAAGCUGCUGCAGGAGGAGCGUCGCCUGCGGACAGCCUACGAGAAUGCAGAGGGUGCAGAACGAGAGAAGUUUGCCUUAUUCUCAGCUGGUGUGCGUGAGAGCCACGAAAAAGAGCGGACUCGGGCGGAGCGCACAAAGAACUGGUCUGUGAUAGGCUCAGUGCUCGGAGCUUUGAUAGGGGUCAUGGGGUCAACCUAUAUCAACAGAGUACGCCUACAGGAGCUGAAGACCUUACUACUGGAGGCUCAGAAAGGACCUGUUAGUCUACAGGAGGCUAUUAAAGUCCAGGCCGGUAUGCAUAAGUCUCAACAACAGGAGCUGAGAGGCCUUAUAGACACUCUGAGGGUUACUCUUCACCAUAGAGCAGCUCAGGUGAUAGCUGAGACAGAUGUGAAGAAGCCAGUGGCUGUUCGGGUUCCGGAACCCAUCGUGGUUCCACCCCAGCCUUCUCUGGGUGCCACCGAGGUAGUUCUGAAAGAGAUAUUGCUCUAUAGUCAGAAAGCACAGAGUCUUAUAGAAGUCAUCCAGCCACAGCUAGGUCAGCUUGAACAGAGUGUUGGGAAGGUGGAAUCAGAACUUCUGGCUGUUCAAAACUUGAUUGAGACUUAUCAUAGGGAAGAAAAGCCGUCAGUAGUUAUAAGUCAGCAAGAUUCCCAGAUGUUUGUUUGCGACACUAAGAGCGUCAUGCAAGGUCUUGACCAGACGGAGAGAAGACUUGAGGCCUCAAUAAGCCAGACUACCAUGUACAACACUGUUCUGGCUUACGGUGCGCUUGCUGUCACUGUUCCUGCACUGUAUAUCCUCUUUAGAGGUGUUUGACUAAUGUUAUGUACUGUAAGAGUGAUAUUCAUCUUACAGGGUCCAUCUUGAUUUACAAUGAAAUAAUUACAAAUUAAUGUUGUGAUUGCUGUUUGUUUUUACUACAGGCAAAAUGAACCAUGCACUGAUGUUAAAUCAUUACUGUAUAUAUUGAGUGUGAAGCUAAAAUAAUUUGAGUGCUGUAUCUAGAUAAAAAGCAAAUGUAAUACAUUGUAAAAUAUUUGAAUUAAGAGUACUGUCUAUUAAAAUUUAAU